AUGGAGCCCGGGGCGACCUCUUUCCGGGUCGAAUUCCCCGACUUCUGCAACACCGUCCUGCAGAAGCUCAACCAGCAGCGGCAGCAAGGCCAGCUCUGCGACGUUUCUAUCGUGGUCCAGGGCCACCUCUUCCGGGCCCACAAAGCCGUCCUAGCCGCCAGCUCCCCUUACUUUUGCGACCAGGUGCUCCUGAAGAACAGCCGGCGGAUCGUCCUUCCCGACGUGAUGAACCCCAGGGUGUUCGAGAAUAUUCUCCUGUCAACCUACACCGGGCGCCUGGUCAUGCCCGCUCCGGAAAUCGUCAGCUACUUGACGGCCGCCAGCUUCCUGCAGAUGUGGCACGUGGUGGACAAAUGCACGGAGGUGUUGGAAGGAAACCCUUCUGUGCUGUGCCAGAAGCUCAACCGAACCAGCGACCACCAGUCCCCAAGCAGCAGUAACUACCACGGGCUGGUGGAAGGCUUUGAGCUGGGGGCAGCCGGCCAGGCGGAUUUCCACAAAGUGCAGGAACUAAGGGACGGGGAAAACGAAGAGGAGAGUUCGAAAGACGAGCUGUUGUCCCAGCUGACCGAACACGAGUAUCUGCCUAGCAAUUCUUCUACAGAACAUGACCGCUUGAGCACCGGCAUGACCAGCCAGGACGGAGAAGAGGGAGUCAGCGACAGUACAGACUAUCAGUACGCCAGGCCUCUUUACAGCAAGCCCAGUAUCAUGUCUCACAAACGAUGGAUACACGUAAAAACGGAGAGGUUCGUUCAGGACUGUGAAGGAGUAGCAAUGCAUGGCUCCUACGAUGAGCACCAGGUCUCGGAGUCCGUGAAUGCCGUUCAGCCAGACCACCCCGUUCAGACCAGCAUUGCUGGAGAUCCCCGGGUCAACGAUAGGAAGAUGGAAAUGGAAUUUGGGGGUCCAGCCAACGCAGGCCACUACGACGAGCAAGUCGACUUUUAUGGCUCUUCCAUGGAGGAAUUCUCCGGGGAAAGGAGCGACGGGACUCUAAGCCUUCCGAGACCAGAGGCUUCGGGUUACGGAGAAAGCUUAGACCUUCCUUCAGGGAUCAAGGAAGAAAAUGCCUUGUCUGGCUUUUCCACCACCGACAAACUCUAUCCCUGCCAGUGUGGAAAGAGUUUCACCCACAAGAGCCAGAGGGACCGCCACAUGGGUAUGCACCUCGGCCUCCGGCCUUACGGCUGCGGCGUCUGCGGUAAGAAAUUCAAAAUGAAGCACCACCUGGUGGGCCACAUGAAAAUCCACACGGGCAUCAAACCGUACGAGUGUAACAUUUGCGGUAAAAGAUUCAUGUGGAGAGACAGUUUCCACCGGCACGUCACUUCCUGCACCAAAUCUUACCAAGCCUGCAAAGUGGAACAGAGCACGUCUAAAAUGAACUAA